AUGACCAUCGUCUUCUCCUCCCUUGUACGCCCUGCGAUAUUACGACGGCCUUCGACCGACCCACACGUAGCAACAGGCUCACGGCCAUCAGAUUGUAACGAUGCUGCAGAAGAGACCAAUUUGCGCAAUCUCAACGACUCCCUGCAAGCCUUAACACAUAUCUUUCCAGAUGUUCAGCCUGAGGUCUUCCGGGAAAUGCUAGCUUCCUUUAGCGAAGAAAGCCGGCUGCAAGUCAUAACAGAGGCACUUCUGAAGCAUGGCGAUAAAUGGGUCCGGGGGCGUCACAGGAUGCCAGCAGAGCAGGAAGAGCAAAGGGAGACGGCGCACAAGUACAAGUACCGCGAGCGAGACACCGGCAAAGAUACCCGUGGCAAACCUCUGGUGCUUGAGGACACAUUUCGCUCAAAGUCCUACAAGGAAGCGGCACAGCAGGCGCUGUAUCAGGAAUUCAAGGGCCUGAGCCAUUCGACAAUCAGGGCUGUGCUGGCAGAGUUCAACUGGAGCUACACGCAUGCACGGCCAACGCUUCUCGGCUUAUCGAGCAAGAGCUGGAGGUCGAGCAUCACGAACUUCCUUAUGCGCCGAAAAGCGCCAUCUGCGAAUGACCACCCGCUGGUGCUGUGGACAGCUUCAGACGCAAGGACCGGCCGCCCACGCGCUCCGCUACUUGUUAAGACCAAGGACGGUGAGCUGAAUCGAGAGCUAUACGAGAACCUCAUAGUACCUGAGUUGGCUAGGCAGCGCAGCGAGCAGCUACGACAGGACUUAGACUUGGCAUGGAAGUUGCACGAAGAGGAGGCCGCUCGAGAGGGCGAAAUGUACGAUUGCGAGUGUUGUUUCAUACCAAAUACUCUGGAGCAGAUGUCUACUUGUGACAUCGACGGUCACUAUAUCUGCUUCCGCUGCAUUCGACACGCCAUUAGCGCUGCGCUGUACGAUCAGGGCUGGGCACGCAACAUCAAUACGGAGCUAUGCACACUCAAAUGCAUAGCACCCAUGAACGAUGCAGACUGUCAGGGAUGCAUACCGCUUGAUUUCGUUCGCCGUGCAUUGCUGGAGGAGAAAGACGGUGAUGACAACGUCACAAAACUUCAUGAACGCUUCAACAACGAGGCGCUUAUCAAAUCGCAGCUACCACUAGCUCGUUGCCCAUUCUGUUCGUACGCUGAAUUGGAUGACUUCGCCCUUGCGAAUGCAGAACUACUCGCAAACCUUCGACUCAAGCCCAGGCCUCUCGUUCUGGCAUCGCUCACGUCCGUCCCGCUCCUCGAAUUAAUUUGUUUCAAAGCCGCUCAAACCAUCGUCUUCCUCCUCGUCCUACUCUACGCCUCCCUCGCGCUCCUCUUCCGCAUUCCAAUCAUCGCGCCCUUCCAGUCUGCCCUUCGCCGAAUCCACCUCAAGCGUCGAGGUCUCCGCUUCCAGUGCUUCUCGCCAACCUGCGGCCGCGCAUCCUGCUUAUCCUGCUCCGCAUCCUGGCACGACCCGCACACCUGCUACUCCUCGCAGCUUACAUCUCUCCGCCUGACGCUAGAGCGCGCAACAACCGAUGCGGUGAAACGCACCUGUCCGCAGUGUAAUCUUGGUUUCGUCAAGUCAGAAGGUUGCAACAAGCUCGUCUGCUUGUGCGGAUACUCGAUGUGCUACGUUUGCCGACAGGGCUUGGCUGAAGAGGGAUAUCACCACUUCUGUCAGCACUUCCGCGAGAGGCCUGGCGAGACGUGCAGGGAGUGCAGUAAGUGCGAUUUGUACCGGGUCGAGGAUGAAGAGAGGGUGAUGAAGCGGGCGAAGGAGGCAGCUGAGGCAGAGUGGUGGGAGAAUCAGGGCGAGGGUGCACAGAAGGGGUUGAAGAAUGAGGUUGGUAAGGGAAAGAGGAAUGUAUGUUGUAAUCAUUCUGCAGGUUUUCUUUAG